CUACGCUGCGACCGCUGGCUCAGUCCUCCGCGGACAGUCUCGCUGGGUGGUCGGUGCUGCCAACCUAGCGGCCAUCACACACGCGAUGCCCUCGAAGGAGCCGGAGAUGGGCACGCCCGUGCAGGAGUUCUACCGGGACACGAGCGUGCUGGUGACGGGCGGCACGGGCUUCAUGGGCAAGGUGCUGAUGGAGCGGCUGCUGCGCUGCUGCCCUGCUCUGAGGCAGGUGUUCCUCAUCAUCCGCAGCAAGAAGGGCGUCGACGUGGACAGCCGCGCCGAGGAGCUCUUCAAUGACACGCUGUUCGACAAGCUGAAGCAGGAGGUGCCCAAGUUCCGGCACAAGGUGACGGUGGUGUCCGGAGACUGCUCGCUGCCGCAGCUCGGUCUGUCCGAAGCGGACCGCCAGCGGCUAGCACGGGAGGUGGACGUGGUGUUCCACGGCGCCGCCACGGUGCGCUUCGACGAGCCGCUCGGGGUCGCCAUGGACAUCAACGUGUUCGGCACCCAGCACAUCCUGCAGCUGGCCAAGGACAUGCCGCGCCUCAAGGUGUGCCUCACGCUCCCCGACAUUCCUCCUGGUUGACCAUGGUCGUUCGUUAUCCGAGCAGUUUGUGUGUUAGUAAAUACCAUCUAGUUGUAAUCUUGUCAUGUUUAAUUAAGUAUUAGAUGCUGUUUCACUUUUGGCUAAUGGACACGUGCGAUCCCUUCUGCCGUCAGGGAAAUUGACAGGAGAGAAUGCAAAUGUGGGUACAUUAGAAUUUCCUGUGUUCAUUCAGAAAAUGUAUCAACCGGAUAAGUAAUUAUGAAACUUUUAUUUAUAUCUUUUAAGAUGUCCGAGGAAAAGGAGAUGAUUUCCCCAAACAUAGCUAUUUUGGUGGCAUGUCGAAUUAAAUUUUUUAGACUGAUUUUUUCCUCCUGUUUUUUUUUGUACCACUGAACUUUUAAAAUGAUAAUACCAAUACCUUUUUUUUACAUAUUGUCUCCUUCAGAUAUUUUUAAUAUAUGAUAAUACAAAAAAGAACAAUUGGUUGAUGGAUGUAGGAAUAUUUCGAACCAAACAUUAUCCAGACUCUUUCUUGGUUUCCCAUCUUUAACAAUUUAUUAUUUGUAAUAAAAGUGUUGUUCAGAUUAAAGUCCAUAGGCCUCUUAUCAGCCAAUCGAAGCACUUUAUACCAUACGUUAUAUUAUUUAAAGUGUCCCUUAACUCAACGUAAAACCAGGAGGAGUUAAUAGGCCAAUUAACCACACUUCUGAAUCAAAAAACCAAAGUUAAUCAAGUGUCGUUUUCGAGUUAUAAGAAUUUUUUUAAAAGUUUUUAACCUCCACUAUGCGCCAAAGUAUUAGAAACUAUUACAAUUUUUUUUUACUUCCUAAUCAUAAAUAUCCUACAAUAUAUAACACCUCAAAACAUGCUAUACUUCUGGGGAAAUAUUUUUUUUUGCUCAACUUAUGUGGCAAAAUUUUUUAUUUGGGUAAAUUUUGACUGUUGCUAAGUAUGCUAACAUUCUUAGCCAACUUUUCAAAUAACUUGCUAUGCUAAAAAAAAUUAUUUUUACAGUAUGAUUGUUCAGAUUUAUUUUAUUGAAAUAUUUUUGCAGCUUUAGUCUUCAAAAUAAUAUUUUCUUAAAAACUAUAGCAUAUUUGUUUUUAUUCUGAAUUGUUAUCCAUAGUAGAGUUAUUUCUGUUUGCGUAUAAAACAUUUUUAGUAACAGUAGCCUAUUUAAUAAUUUGGUGUACAGUGAGGAUUUAAAUAACUUUUGAAAAAAUGCCUAUAACUCGAACACUAAGACCCUUUAGGAAUGUUAUUAUUAUUAUUCAGAACUCUAAUUAAUUGGCCUAUUAACUUUUACUGACUUGACGCUGAGUUCUGGCACACCCUAUUUUUUUCCGACUAAUUUUUGUUGUAAUGAACUUGUAGCCGAAGGUUGUCGGUAUAAUUCUGACCUAUUCUGUGUACUCGAUGUUUAGGCGUAAAGUGGCAGUUGAAAGUGAUGACCUAGAUAAGAUGUCACGAAGCAAAAAAAAAGUUUUCUAAAGCUCAAAGAGCACGAAUAAAAAAAAUUUCCGAAGCUCGAAGAGCACGAAAAAAAUUUUUCCGAAGCUCGAAGAGCACGAAUAAAAAAAGUUUUCCGAAGCUCAAAAAGCACGAAUAAAAAAAUUUCCGAAGCUCGAAGAGCAAAAAAAAAUUUUUUUCCAACGCUCAAAGAGCACGAAUAAGAAACGUUUUCCGAAACUCAAAGAGCGCGAAUAAAAAGUUUUCCGAAGCUCGAAGAGCACGAAAAAAAGAAAUUGGUUGUCUGUAAAGUCGGUUUACGGGCGAUAGUUUAACGUGACAAAGUCAUAACAAAACAUUGAUGAAAUGAUUGAUCCAGAAGAAAAGGAAAUAUCAUAUUCGGCCUGAGACUGAGCCAUAUAUUUUUUUGCAACCAAA